AAUGCAUUAAUAAUCUGUUCCGAUAACAAGAUUAUAAAGAGAUUAUCGUUUGAAACCACUCGAGUUUUUGUCUCCAUAAAAAGAAAACAUGCAACGAAUAGUAUAAAGAUAUCCUGAAAGUGCAGAUUAUAACAAUAAUAAUGGUAAAUAUUAGGCAAAUUUAUCAUUGCCUGCACUACCGCCUUUAAAAAAGUUGAGUAAAAUAGAAUAGACAGUUUCAAUUUAUAAGGGUAAGGCUGGUCGUUUACCAUCUAUAUAAUUUACAGCAAGUGAGUAGUAAUUAUAAAGAAAAAAGUAAAUAUCAGAAAUAGAUGGAGUGAGGAAAUCCAUAACACCAGAAAAAAGAUUAGGAAAGAGAAAUUCUUUGAUAUUUGCAAUGAAAACCAAAGCUGGUUGUUAACCAAAUAAGGCAACAAAAAUAAAUUAAGAUGCGGCAAUAGUUUGUCCAAAAAAUGUAGAAAGGUAAAAGAAAAUAGAAAUAAAUAUAGUGUUGGAUUUAAGUUAUUUGCAGUUUGUGAUGGUCAUGGUUUAAAUGGUCAUUUGGUAUCUAAUUAAAUAAAAUAACAAUUACCUAAACACUUGAGUAGAUUAUUAAAGGACACAGAAUAAAUCGAGAAUCAGAUUUAGAAAGCAUUUACAAUAACGAAUAGAGAAUUAUGGAACUCUGAGAUAGACACUAAUCUUUCAGGUUCAACUACAGUAUCAUUAUUGAUAACUAAGAAUCUUGUAAUUUAAAUAUAAUAAUGAAGAUUUAUUCAGCAAAUGUAGGAGAUUCUAGAGCAAUAAUGUGUAGAUUUAAUGAUGGAUGGAAGGUAGUUCCUUUAAGUAGAGAUCAUAAACCAGAUGAUCCCGAAGAGAAACAAAAGAUUUAAGAUGCAGGAGGAAGAGUAGAAUAAUAAAAAGGUUAAUUAAUUAAUAUAAUGUUUAGAUUUGCAUGGAAAUCCAAUAGGACCAUUUAGAGUUUGGUUAUCUUAUAUUCCGGCACCAGGAUUAGCAAUGACAAGAUCAUUUGGAGAUAAAGUAGGAGCUUAAGCAGGAGUGACUGCAGAACCUGAAAUUAAAUAAUAUUCUAUAACUGAAUAGGAUCAUUUUAUUGUAGUAGCAUCAGAUGGAGUAUGGGAAUAUUUAAGUAAUGAAGAGGUAUAGAUAAAUUCAAUUAGGUAAUGAGUAUUGUUGUUCCAUACUUGGAAAAAGAUAAUCCAGAUUAAGCAGCUGAACGCAUCAUAAUAGAGGCAACUCAGGCAUGGAGAAGAGUAAAUUUUAUAUUAAUCUUUAGAAUAGUUUAGCAAGAGACGACAUUACUUGUAUAGUUAUAUUCUUAUAAAAAUGA